AUGAUGGUGAACCACAACAAUGGCGAGCGCCCCACUGAUGUUGAUUCUCGUCUCCGGCAGAAAGAGCAAGAUAAGCUCUUGUUCCACGACUUUCUAGGCUCCAAGGCUGCAACUUUAGCCUCCACUUCCAUGCCCGACCACCACAGGAUACCACUGGAUAAGGCGGCUAAACCGGCGAUGACUCCCUCGACUGCUUCCGUUUCCUCAGCUGGCGGACGCGGCGGUCUCUCCUCAACCUCCGAUCUCGUUGAAAGACACGGCGGCGGCGGGAAUCAUCCUGAUGGGAUACAACUGUUUGGACCAAGAAGUGAGGUUUCUGGCUCAAUCAUGAGCAAUCGGUUUUCUGGAAACAAGAGAAGUAACUCGGAUUCACACUUCACGACUCAAGAGCACCCAGAGACUCUGCAUUGGUCCAAGUUGCUAAGAAACGGACCUGGAAGCCUCUCCAUGAAUGUGAAUCCAUUGGCAAACCAGCCUCCACGCGGAGGAGGACAGAUCAGUCACUUGCUUCAUCAGCUGUCUUCAAGCAGGUUCAAGGAUGAAAACGUGGGACCAUCAGCUAUCGCUCAGACAGCUGCAGAUGAAGGUUCACGAACAGGGAUGAAAGGUCCCAGUAUCCUGAGUUCUUUUACUGUACCAAACGCGAGCAAGCUCGAAUGUUUUGCACCUUCAAGUACCGGAAAUCGGAAAGACUUGACGUCGAAUACUAAGCAAAUGACUAUCUUCUACGGCGGUCAAGCUCAUGUCUUUGAUGAUGUUCACCCAAACAAGGCGGAUGUGAUAAUGGCUUUGGCAGGAUCAAGCGGGGGCUCCUGGUCCACCGGUUUGCCUCAUAACCCGAAGACAAAGAACAACACAAGCGACGGUCCAUACAAACUAGGCCAAAUGUAUGAAGGAGGCAGCUCUAGAGAAACACCGUUUUUAGCCCCAGAGUUUCGUGCAAGGCCAGGUGGUCAUCAAGCCACCUCCGGUGCUUGUCACAGGAUCUUCACACAGCCAGGUAGAGAACAUCAAGGAAGUCUCAUCAUAAGGGGACGGGAUAGCAGAGAUCCGGUUCACGUAUCAGAUCCUGAAAAGAAGCCACAUGAUUAA